AUGGCGUCACGGCACUUCGCCGAGGACUAUGACUCGGGCGAGUCGCUGCAGGAGCAGUACUUCGACGGCUACGCCGACCUCGGCGUGCACCGCGUGAUGCUGGCGGAUGAGCCGCGCAUGUCGUUCUACCGCCACGUGAUGACCUGCGACGCCGUUGUUCGCGGCCGCGUUGUGGUGGACGUGGGCUCCGGGACAGGCAUUCUCUCCAUGUGGGCGGCGCGCGCCGGGGCGAGGCAUGUCUUCUCCAUUGAGGCGUCGCCGCUGCGGCACGUGCAGGCGGAGGUGCUCGCAGACAACGGCCUCUCGGAGAGCGUGACGCUGCUGCCGGACACUGUGGAGAACGUCGUGGGGCGUGGGGCCGCGAGCUUUGUGGCGCAGCACGGGGCAGUCCUGCAGGGCUGCGGCGUGUCGGUGGUGGUGUCGGAGUGGAUGGGGUUCUAUCUGCUGCACGAGGGCAUGCUGUCCUCCGUUGUGCGCGCGCGAGACUUCUUCAAUGAGGUAAACGUGCUGCUUGGCAUUUCUCGGCCUGUUGAGAUGGUCCCAGAUCGCGCAACAAUACACGUCGCGCCCAUGAGCUGCCACCCGUACUACGAAGAGCGCUACCGCCGCUUUUGGGGCAGCGUCGACGGCGUCGACCUCAGCCGCUAUGGCGCAAUGGAGUACGAGACGCACCUUGAGAGCGCGGCGCCGCUCAUCGACACCGUACCACCGGCGUGCCUGCUGCACGAGGGGGCGCUGCUGGCGGAGCUGGACCUCGCCGCCGUGUCGGCGGACGCUGUGGCGUCGUUGUGCAAAACCGUGCACUUCGACUUUCCCACCUCCGCUGUGUUUAGUGAGCGCUUUACAGCUGUUGACCCGCCCCGCGUUGUUGUUGAUGGAUUCACGUUGUGGUUUGAUGUGAGCUUCCGUGACGCGGUACUGAGCACGUCGCCGCGCUGCCCGCCCACGCACUGGAAGCAGACAACGAUCCUCCUACCCGCAUCCGUGCGGGCGGAGGAACUCGUGGAGUUCACGUCCACCGAUGUCACGCUUGACGUGGAGGUGCGCCUCGUUGCUACAGAUGACUUGCAGCGCUGCUACACCAUUGAGCUGGAACUAAAAUAA